CAAUCACUUUUGGUCGCUGCGUCCUCGCAGUGCAUUGAUUGAGUAACUUAUUUUCUGUAUUUUGUGUUUUAUUUCAACGCGGGUCAACCUGGAGGACAGGAGAUGGAGAGAGAGAGAGAGAGUGGCACCUAAUUGGGAUGAGAGUUCAAGUGAAGUGAGCCGGCGGCCAGAUUGGAGCAGUAAAGCCUCUUAGCGCAGGUGGUGGCAGGAAUACAGCACAAGUUAAGGGGAGUGUGUCCAUGUGAAGUGUGUGGAUGUGUUUGCACGUGUGUCUCUGAGCGGAAAUCUAUACCCAGAAGAACCCACAACAUCGAGGGAGGCGAUCAGAUGUGCGUGCAUGUGUGUGUGUGUGUAUGCAGGUGGGUUUGAUGGGGAUCAGUAUAGUGAGGACAGAUACGGUUAUGGUUUCUCUGAUCUGCUCGCCAUGAAGUUGCUUUGUGGGAGUUUGAGGGUUUAAGUCCGGAGAGGAGGAGGAGGAGAGCUGGGCGGACAGAGGACGCAGGGAGGGAGGAGGAGGAGUAGGAGGGUUGCCAGCAGCGCCAGGACGCACAGCGCGCUCCCCAAUCCCUUGACGCAAGGAUGGAGAGCACCAGAGCGCACAGGAUAACCGGGCUGGAGCCCAGCAGCGGGGCCGGGAAGAGCAGCGGGGAGGCCGGCAUGAGGACCGAGCGGAGCCGGGGGCUCCUGCACCUGCAGCGGACUGUGAUUUUUCUCGCAGGUCUCAUGAUACAGCCGCAGGAUGUGUGUGCUGUAGGCAUGUUCGAGGUUCAGAUUCAUCACUUCCAGAAUCCGCAUGGACUGCUGCAGACAGGAGACUGCUGCGACCUGCAGAGCAGCGGGGGACAGCGUUGCUCUGCCAGGGACCAAUGUGAUACGUUCUUCCAAGCCUGCCUCAAGGAGUAUCAGGCUCGUGUCAUCCCUACUGGAGUCUGCACUUUUGGCUCUGGCAGCACAGGCAUCCUGGGUGGAAACUCCCAGUUGCUCCGGCACCGAGGCCACAGUGAAGGAGGAGAAGGGGACGCUGGGACUAAUGGACACAUUGUCAUUCCUUUCAAAUACGCCUGGCCAAAGUCCUUCUCUCUGGUGUUGGAGGCUCUGGAUUAUGACAAUGACACAUCAGAAGCAGGUCAGCUGAUUGAGCGGGUCCUCCUGUCCUCCAUGCUGAACCCUGGUGAACAGUGGCAGACGUUUCGUCACCAUGGACGCAGUCUCACCUUGGAGUACCGGCUACGCUUCCGAUGUGACUCUAAUUACUACGGACCUUUGUGCAACAAGUUCUGCCGAGCUCGCAGUGACUUCUUCGGCCAUUUCACCUGCGACCUCAGCGGGUCCAAAGUCUGCAUGGAGGGCUGGACUGGACCGGAGUGCAAAGAAGCUGUGUGCAGGCAGGGGUGUCAUCAGGCUCACGGCUCAUGUACUGUACCUGGAGAAUGCAAGUGUCAUUACGGGUGGAUGGGUCCUCUGUGUGACCAGUGUGUGACUUUCCCCGGCUGUGUGUACGGGAGUUGCAUCGAGCCAUGGCAGUGUGUGUGUGACAUCAACUGGGGAGGACUGCUGUGUGACAAAGAUCUCAACUUUUGUGGGACCCAUCAGCCUUGUAAGAAUGGCGGGACCUGCAUUAACACAGAGCCAAACGAGUAUCAGUGCGAGUGCCAGGAUGGGUUUCGAGGUCGCAAUUGUGACAUCGUGGAACAUGCAUGUUUGUCAUCCCCGUGUAUGAAUGGAGCCACUUGUGUGGAAGACCUGACAGGCUUUAGCUGCAUCUGUACUGAAGGCUGGACGGGACACACCUGCACAGAUGCGGUGAAGCACUGUGAUCGCAGCCCUUGUGGUCAUGGAUCAACAUGUCAGGAUGUUCCUGGGGGUUUCCAGUGUCUCUGUCCACCUGAAUGGACCGGCAGGACGUGCCUGAUAGACACCAAUGAAUGUGAGCUGAAUAUAUGUGUCCACGCCCGCUCUUGUCGUAACCUGAUCGGUGGAUACCUGUGCGACUGCCUUCCUGGGUGGACCGGGCCUAGCUGUGACAUCAGGAACAGCAGCUGUCAGGGUUUGUGUUUGAACGGUGGACGCUGCGAGGACCAGGUGUCAGGGUCCAAAUGCUUGUGUCCACCCAAUUUUUUGGGCAAAUAUUGCCAGAAUGGUCCAAGUCCUUGUGACAGCGCCCCCUGUGUGAAUGGAGGACUCUGUGUGGAGAAAGAUGGAAGAACAGUCACGUGCAACUGUCCGGGGGGUUAUUCGGGAGCCUUCUGUGAGAUAACAAUGGAUCUGUGCAAUCCCAACCCUUGUCAGCAGGGAGUACAGUGUCACAGUACAGAGGGCAGGUACAUGUGUGCAUGUCCUGAUGGUCACUACGGUAACAAGUGUGUGAGCCUCAGAAAUCCUUGCAUUGGUCAACACUGUCCAGGUGCCAUGUCUGACACAACCCACGGGAGCCUCAGCUUCUACAUGAUCUUAGUGGGAGUCUUGGCUUUGGUGACAGUCUGUGGCUGUGCAGCAUGCGCCUUCAUCCUCUCCCACCUCCAUCAAAAACGGAAAAAGCAGCAAGCUGUCCCACAGGAAGAAGGCAUCAACAACCAGAGAGAGUUUGUCAAUCUAAUCAGAAACGUGGACCGCCCCGUGCCUCUGCUGCCCCCAGCAACUCCUCUCACAAACCCUCAAGCUCCCGCCCCCAUCUCACGUUGCUAUGAGGAGAUUGAACUGACCCUGCCACCCUCCCCAGCUCCUUCACACCCUUCCCCAGCAUUAAAACCAGCCCAUGCCCCCAAACUGGAUAUUUCAAACCAGGAGAGAGAGAAGCUGAACCGCUUCCACCACACAGACAAUCAGGAGCUGGAGGUUUGACCUUGUCCCAGACUUCUGAAUCUGAGGAGCUUUACUGAGUUUUUUUUCUGCGUCCAUAGCACAGGACGCCAUAUCCAGUUACUUGCACUAUGACAAUGUUACAGUUAUGAUAAUUGGAAGGGCUUUUGACCUUUUUGUGCUCAGAUGGCUGUUGAUGAAGACCUCAGUGGACAAACUGAGGAGUAAAAGCUGCUAAGUAAAGGGGUCAAAAGACUUACUUGUUCUAUUUAAGUCAACUUUUGUGGCUAUAAGAAGCAGCGGGUGUGUAAUGCUUGACUUACAGUAAAGAUUUACAGACUUGCCUUAGAGUGCCUGGGAUGCAGUCAGAAGUUAAGAGGGUAUCCUCUUAUGCAGGAGUCUCAGCAUGUGUUGUGGUUCAUGAUGCCAUCCAACUGGUAUGCAGAACCCCAUGUCUCAGAUUAAACUCUGACAGCGAGAGAGAGACAUCCGUGAAUGGAAGCCUAUUUAACACUUGGUGUGUUUCUGUGUUUGACUGGUUGUGAGAGUGCUUGAGUUGACGAGUGAAUGACUGUUAUAAGUGUACCUGGGGUGAAAAAAAAAAAAGAGAGCAAAAAUAUGUUACUUAAACAACAAGCAAACAUUGAUAUACUUGUCAACAAAGAGUUCAGAAUACGAAAUUACAAGAGAUAUGUUGUUUUUAAAAAAAAUAUGCCAUUUUUUUCAACAAUGUACACAGUUUUCCUGACGCCUUAAUGUCUGUGACAUUCUUUGACAAAAAAUGCCAUAGCCAUACAGUACUAAAGCCCUCUUUAAUAACCAUGUUUUUACACCUCUGUUCAUAGCAGCUGGUUUUAGGGGGUGGUGUCAGACAUUUCAGCCCCUUUUCAGUGGGGUGUGCCUCUUUUGAGAUUGGGACACCCACUUCUAAGGUGCAGCAAAUGCAGCAUGGCGUGAAAUUGGGUAAACAUAAAAAAUAAAGAGGCUCGAUAAUUCAACUCUAAUCUGGGUCUAUGAUGUCACAGUACACUGGGCAUUUAGACAACUCAGUUCAUACCUUUUCACUGAGGCAACCAUGAACAAAGUGACAGAGUUGGGUUAUGUUGGAUCCCUUUGAAUUAGUGGUCAGUUAAAACAUUCAAACAAAUAUAUGUUUUCAAAUACAGAAAAUGCUAUUUUUGUUCAUAAUAUAGCCCCUUUCAAGGCUUUUAAGCCCUCUGUUUUAAAACUAUACACUGUUGCCUGUAUUGUUUAUGUUAUACUGCAGUUUGUUAAAGAUGUAUUUUUUUUUCCUCAUACUUGUCUGUAAAAUUCCUUUUUGUACAUAAAUACAUUGUACAUAUUGAUGCUGUUUUUGUACUGUGGUUCGGUCUGGAAGUAUCACUGUAUUAUAUUUUGUCUCAUUUUACCCUCCAUUUGGAGCAACCAGCACAUGUGUCUUGUAAUAAAAGUGCAUUGACCAUUUAUACCAA